AUGACCGGUUGGAAAGUGGUCAAAAGGAUUAAAGAAAUCGAACCACUGACUGAAAGCUGGGUCAAUCUCGAGCAAGAGAAUCUCUACAAGGUAGCAGAUGGCGAUAUCAGAGACUCUGCGCAAACGUCAGGUGCAUUCACACCUGGAACCCUGACUGCGACACUUCGCAAGACCAUUGGCCUCUCUGUGCUGGAUGAACAUAUGAGCCGGUUGGACAACAAUCAAAUCGCAGCUCUAGAACAGGCCGAAACCGUGAAUAGUUCUGGUGGGAGAGGCGACCCUUCUAAAUGUCGACUCUACGCUGUCCUUGAACUCAACAAGUUGCAAGUGGAGAUUGAAACCUUUACGUCCUCAUUUCUGGACUUUACUUGGCCAUUGAUUCCCAACAAGUUGGAUGUUUCCCGGGCGGCCGACUUGACGAUACGUAUAUAUCUACCAGUUUCAGGAGAUUCUGGACCAGGUCUAUGUCUUGGGUCAGGAAAAGUGAGCCUACCAUCAGCGGCGGCAAAGCCCGUCGUCAAAUGGCUACACCUCGCUGGAGGUACCGGAAAGCUUGCGGUAGGACUCGAGUACAAAAAGUCUCUUGCCCCUUCAGCGAUUGCCGAUAUCCAUCUCACGACGAUCGUUGGAGGAGGUGUCAGAUCAGCUCGGAAUACGCGCACGGGAUGUUUAUACGCGGCCAGGACGGAGUAUAAGUCUCGCGUGGACUCCUGGUCCAGCCUGUCGCCGCAAGGUCUUCGCUUCGAUAUUGACUGCAGUUUCAUCGCUCCUCUGCACCUUGCCUUUCAGGAGCCUGAAGAGCGCCAUCUUGCUUUUUCACCGUUUGCCAGCGGCGGACACUUGUUCUACCACCUGCAGAGGGCGCGCCGUUUCGACACUGCCAGAGCCAGAUUCUAUGCUGCCGAAAUUGUUAGCGCACUAGAGUAUCUACACGAGAGAGAUAUUGUCUGCCAAGAACUCUGCCCCACGAAUAUCCUUUUAGAUUCACUGGGUCAUAUAAUAGUGGCCGAUUUCUCUCUUCAUCGACCAGCAACACAGAACGAGCUUCGCGGCGCUGCUGCGGCCUUAGAAAUCCCAGCACCUGAACUCCUUUCCGGCCAAGCUCAUGCGAAGUCAGCCGAUUGGUGGACACUGGGGGCCUUCUUGUAUGAGAUGCUGACCGGAAUGCCCCCAUUUUAUGCACAAAGUGUUAGAGAAAUACAUUCCAACAUCUCGUCUGGGUUGAUUCAACUUCCUGAUAUAUCCGACACAAGUGCCAGUAACUUUCUCCUCAGACUUUUGGAUUGCACACCUGAGCUGCGUUUGGGAGCAAAUGGAGCAUCAGAAGUGAAGGACCACGCAUUCUUCCACGGUAUCGACUGGCAAAGACUUCUGCGUCGGCAGGUGGAACCACCGUUUAAGCCAAGUAGAAUCAACGUAUAUUCCAGCCAGAACAUAUAUCAGCAUUUACCCAGAAAAGUGGAAAAGGUAGAAUCAGACCCGGCUCCACUACUCAAAAUGGACAAGUCCAUAUGGUCCUGCCUUCUUGUGGAGAGCUGGGAUACCAAAAGGUUCUGCCCGCCGGACUCAUGGGACAGAUUAGUUCAGACUUCAGAGGGGUCCUUGCUUCAUGCAGUGAUCAAAGGAGACCGUGAUAUUAUUCAAACUCUCGUGAAAGUGGCGGAUCGGGUCGACGUCACAAAAGCAUUAGGACUAGCCGUCGAGAGGCGUGACCAGGUCAUGGUACGCAUCCUGCUUGACGGUGGUGCCAGCUGUGACUUUGCAGACUCUGACCGGCCCGCUCCGCCCAGCCACUAUGACGCUUGCUACUCGACCGGGAAUGGCGUCAACGUUACAGAGCCGGAAGAGUUCCUCCCACCACUCGUGAGGGCUGUGAAACUGAAAGAUGUGCAUUUGGUCAGGACGCUUCUCCAUGCUGGCGCUGAUCCCAAUGUGGGAUUUCAUGAUAAUGCUUUCAGGCCUUUUCACACGGGCGGUGAAAUUCCCCUUAUAGUUUGUGGAAGAGUCAUUCAGUUGGCUUUGGUGUACGACAACGAGGAAAUAGUUCAGCUUUUACUUGCUUUCGGGGCCGACAUUAACCAGACAGCGCCAGAGUGGCAGCACCAUAAUUGCAAAACAAUGGAGAGGUCGCUCUAUUUCAAGAUUACAGCACUUUUGGAAAAGAGCUCAAGAGAUUAUGCAGACAAGGGAGUAAGGUAA